CCUUAUGAAUUGAGGACAGUGUUUCUACUUUCUGCAGAUCAGAGCCACACUCAGGCAUGGGGUAAUCAGCCAUCCCCCCAGAAGAGGGGAGGGUGGAUCAGCUGGCUGCCCUCAGACAAGCUUAGGAAGGGGAAGUGGGGCAGUUGGUUGCUUCUCGAAGAUAUUGGAAGUAGUGGUAACAGGCAACUUUCCCCUCUGGAAGACACCUAAAGGUCUGUGUGGAGAAGAUGGCUGUCUGGAGCACAGUUGGGUGGAUUCCCUGGGCAGUCCAAGUUUUCUUCUAUCUUGGAGAGUUUUGGCUUUGCAAAGAUGACAGAUAAAGGAAAGACUUCAGCUGCCUCUUCAGGGGAUUUUCAAACAACUAAGCCCAAGACUGUGUCUGACCCGGGAAAAGAAGAACCUGAAGAGGAAUACGGGCCCCAGCAAUACCAUCUGAUUCGAAGUGAUUUUGUCCAGAAGCUGAAAGAAAAAGAGGAACAGCCUUACCCACACAAAUUCCAUACAAAUACUACACUUGUUGAAUUCCUUGCCAAAUUCAGCUACCUUAGAAAUGAAGAGCAACUUCCUGACAAACAAUUAUCUCUGGCAGGACGAAUUCAUGCCAAGAGAUCUGCUGGUGCGAAGCUCUACUUCUAUGAUCUCCGGGGAAAUGGACUUAAAUUACAAGUUAUGGCCAAUGCUAAAUUUUUUAAGUCUGAAGACCUUUUCACCAAGACCAUAGAUAAGCUGCGGCGAGGAGACAUCAUAGGAGUUUUGGGAUAUCCUGGAAGAACCAAGCAUGGAGAACUUAGCAUCAUAGCUACAGAAAUAACUCUGCUGUCACCAUGCUUGCAUAUGCUGCCUCAUCUUCAUUAUGGAUUCAAAGAUCAGGAAACCAGAUAUCGUCAACGUUACCUAGAUUUGAUCAUGAAUGAGAAUGUGAGGCAGAAGUUUAUUACGAGGAGUAAAAUUAUCACUUUCUUACGAAACUUCCUGGAUAACCUUGGAUUUCUUGAGGUGGAGACUCCCAUGAUGAACAUGAUAGCAGGUGGUGCAGCAGCCAGACCUUUUAUCACACAUCACAAUGACCUCAACAUGGACUUGUACAUGAGGAUAGCUCCUGAACUAUACCACAAGAUGCUAGUAGUUGGAGGUCUGGAGAGGGUAUAUGAAGUUGGACGUCAGUUCAGAAAUGAAGGAAUUGAUCAAACCCACAAUCCAGAAUUUACUACGUGUGAGUUCUACAUGGCUUAUGCAGAUUACAAUGAUCUCAUGGACAUCACUGAACAGCUGCUGUCAGGCAUGGUGAAGCAUGUGACAGGUGGCUACAAGAUCACUUACCAUCCAGAUGGCCCUGAGGGAAAGGCAGUAGAAAUUGACUUCACUCCUCCUUUUAAACGAGUCAGAAUGAUGGAAGAAUUGGAGAAAGUCACGGGAGAAAAAAUGCCAGCACCAGAAAGUCUGGAAACUGAGGAAGCCCAAAAGUUCCUUGACAAGCUAUGUGUGAAGAAGGGAAUCCAAUGUUCUCCUCCUCGGACUACAGCAAGACUUCUAGAUAAGUUGGUAGGGGAGUUUAUUGAAGUUUCCUGCAUCAACCCCACAUUCAUUUGUGACCAUCCCCAGAUCAUGAGUCCUCUGGCUAAAUGGCAUCGUUCAAAGAAAGGCCUGAGUGAACGUUUUGAACUCUUUGUGAUGGAGAAGGAGAUUUGCAAUGCUUACACUGAACUCAAUGAUCCAAUGAGGCAGAGAGAGCUUUUUAUGGACCAAUCGAAGGCUAAAGCAGCAGGUGAUGAAGAAGCCAUGAGUAUUGAUGAAAACUUCUGCACAGCAUUGGAAUAUGGACUUCCUCCUACUGCUGGCUGGGGGAUAGGAAUUGACCGUCUUGCCAUGUUCCUCACAGACUCCAACAACAUUAAGGAAGUGCUAUUCUUCCCAGCGAUGAAGCCCAUUGAAAACAAACCUCAGUCAGAGAAACAAGAGAACUGAAGUGCAGUUUAGAGGUAAAGGGCGAAGAACUAACCUAAUGGCAGAAUUUCACAUGGAAAUUUACAAGAACGUUGAGACAACUUGUUAAAGAAAAAUAUAUUAAUACAGAGUUUCUCUACUGUAAAAAUGUGGCAUUUUACUAGCUAGACUAACAACAUUGACACAUUUUGUAAACAGAAAGUACUAUAUAGGGGAAAACCCUUUUUCAAGGUAGAAUGCACAGUCAUGCCAGCUGCAUGUGCCUAAUGUUUUUCCUUUGCUGUGGCUAUUUGCUCUGUCCUAGUACAUACAAUAAAACCCUUGGAGAGCAAGUCUGUUGUAAAUGUCAAUACUGUGCCUGCUCAUAUGAAUAGAACAGAUAGGCACAAGCAGGGAAACAUUAUAUGCAACACUGAAGCUUGCACAUGAAUAUUAUGUCUUAAUAGUUUACUUUUUAUUGCUGUCGUGAUAAUGUAAGAGUGAUUUGAGAUUCUGAAAUCAAGCAGAAUGUUAAAAGUUGGGGA